GGAUGGGGUGUGGGGCUGCUGCAAUUAAUCAAUUUAUUUAUUAAAAAUAGGGAUUGAGAUUGUGGCCUGCCGGAGGUGCCCGUGGGAUGCCGGCGUGUGAGCUGUUCCUCGCUGCUGCCCUCCUCUUCCUCAGCCCAGGGAGCCGUGGGGAUGGUGGAGUGGCCAGACCCUCGCUGCUGGGAGUGACGGGCCGGGGACCCCCACGCCCCGCCCCAGGUGAACACCAGCUGGGCCUCUACCGGAGGAAGCGGGAUGAGGACCCCCCAUCCUACCUGAAGUGGGUGCCCUUCGAGGGCCACCUGCCCGCCGACGCCGUCUCCAACUGGAAUGCCUAUGCCAAUAGGACCGAGUACGUCUGCUCCACCCCAACGUGGGGUUGCAACACCGGCGCCUAUGUCCCCCAGCGCGGUCCCUUGUGCUUCUUCCCGUAUGGAGAAUGGGAAUGGGAGACCCAUGACUUCAAGGUGUUGGUCAACGUGGGAGGUUUUGAGGCCUUGGAUUGGGUGGCCGACUUCUUUUGGCAGCGUGCCCAAGAAUGCCGAUGGAAGGUUGUCCAUCCGUUUGACGUCUUCGUUGGGAGGAACCAGUAUGGUUUGGGCAAGGUCUCCAAGGACCAAAGGGCUCUUUUCGUCAUGGUGGACGGUGAGGAGGUGUGGACAAAGUGGUACCAAGUCUUGGUGGUGAAGAAGGGCCCAGCGGACGUCACCAUCUCCGACGUCCGUUACAACAUGAGCCAGGCGGUGGAGAACAGGGAGGACAUCACAGUGAUGAAGACCACGGUGAGGAACGAAGGCUGUCAAGGGAUGAGGAAAACCAUCACCAUGGAGGAGGUGACGGAGAUGGAGCACAACUGGCAGAUGGACCACAGGGUCUUGGCCACCAUCCACGGGGUCUUGCGAACGGCCCUCUUGGCCUUCAACGUGGGCUGGGGGGUCACCAAUGUUACCGACAUCCCUUGGGUCGGUGGAGCCAGUGCUGGUGAGUACGUCGUCCGCACGCACACAGUGGAGGAGGAGUUGCGGCCCCGCAUGGCGUGCGCGGUGGCCUUGGAAGGGCAUCGCGUGGAUGUUCGUGUCCCCUUCGCCGCUCAACUCAUCCGCCAGUUCACCGACGGCCAACGGCACCGUGUGGGGGUCACCGGGUGGGCUCACAGCCGGGUGGUGGUGGGCGUCCGCCCCAAGGUCACGGGGUGCUGGCCCAUCACCGACAUCCUACCCUGCCAGCCGUAGGGGAUGGCGCCUUCCGGAAUAUUCCGUUGGGAUGCGGAACGUGAUGCCACGUGGUUUUAUUGUGCAAUCUCAUUUUUUUGGUUCUUUAUUUUCUUUUAUUUUCUCUUUAUUUGAUUUCCUCGCCCUAAAAACCCACCAUCCCGCUCCAAACCAGGGUGGCAGCAACCUGCAAUCCAGGAAAACACUUUUUAAAAAAAUUUUUUUUCCCUAUUUUUCAUUUUUGCAGCUCCAAAACGAGACGGCACCACCACAGAAAGCGGAAAAAUCAAUUUUUUUCAUCUUUAUUUUCCAUUUGCUCCAAAAUAACCCCCGUUUCACCCAAAAAAACCCACACCAACGAUACAGAAAGCAAAAAACCAUCA